UUAUAGCUCAGUAAUUGCACUGUAAUAAAAGUGAUUAUACUAUUUGUAAGUUUAGUUAAUUAGCACAUUGAAAAAUUACAGUUUAUGAAGAAAUAUUAGGAACUAGAAUUUUUAAGAAUAAGAUAGUAAAGUACGGUGUUAAUCAUAAAGCUUUUAGUUUUUAUUUGGUAAAUUUAUAACUUAAAUAUAAGUUAAUAUCUUAUUUAACACUCUACAAAAGAUGUUAUUUCAUAAGAUAUUAGUUAUUUUCCUCCUCACGAUUUUCCAUAAUUAUUGUAUUGCUUUUACGAUUGAUUGGCUGGAUUUUAAUGAUAUCAAUUCGAUAGCUAAUUUUGUUGAAAAAAUAAAUUCUCAAAUAGACAAUGAUUAUCAAUUGUACCAUCCUAUGGAGUACGAGGAAAAAGAAAACGUAAUAACAGUAUUUGCGAUGAAUAUGUUAAAAAUAUUUGAAGACUUUAAUGUAGCAUUUGAAAAUUCAUCAAAUUUUUCAUGGAUAGACUUUCAUAAGAAAAUAACUCAAUACCGAUCGGAAGACGAAUUGUCGCCAUUUUGCCCACAUUCGAUUUCAAAUAUCAUAGAAAAUAAGCUUCGAACGAUCGAAAAUAUAAUUAAUUAUUAUUUCAACUUCAAAAUAAGUAUUUAUAUUAACGACCUUAAAGAUUUAUGUACAUUUGCAGCGAAUAGUACGAUAUUUUUUCAGAAAUCGUAUUAUUAUGACUUGACUUCGCUAUUUGACAUCUUUAUAAAUGAAAUUCAAAAGUGGAAUAAAAUAAAUAAUACAGAUCCUCAUUGCAAUUCGAUUAUCGAAUUAUUACCAGAUCUACAUGGAUUAUUUAAGGAAAUAAUGAAAGUGUAUAUUCAAGGAUUUUUAUUUUUAUCGUCUUCAUUGAGUUUAGAAUUAAAAUGUGCAAAUAAAUCUCAAAUAAAUGGCAUGUUAAUGAAUGAGAGAAUAACAUUUAUAAAUAAUGCAAUAAAACUAAUAAACGUGACCCAACAUCAUUUAGAAAGUUUGCCACAAAAUAUAUAUUUAUGUGAUACCAGUAAUCAUAUACGAGAUUCGACCUUUGUUGAAUUAGAUAAAAUGAUUCACGUUUUCUUUCUUAAUGAAUACUAUAUGAAUGAAGAAAACAGCUGUGCACACAAUUGUGAUACGGAAGAAAUGAAUGUGAACUCUAAUAUUCAAGCAAAGUGUAUGAAAUUUGAUUGUUUUUACAUAGGUGAUAAAGUAGAUAUUUGUGAGUUGGAGGACGAUGUGAAACGUAUUCAAUGGUUUAAAGAUGAGAAUGAUUUUGUAUUUGGUAAUAAUACUAACUGCCUAGGAAAAAUAAAGACUUUAAGCAGUUGGUUUCAAUAUCACACAGGACGUUAUUGUGAUUAUUGUCUAUGUUUUUGCAAGAUCAAUCAACUCAAUGAAUUUGCAGUCACUGCAAUAAGCUUUAGAGAUCAAUUGUCAGAUGUUAAUAAUAACAAGGUUGUUGUUGGCGUCAAAUUUACAAAAAAAGACGGAAUGAUUCAUAUUCAGAUAAAAGAAAGUAAGCUUUUACCAGACGGAAAAGUAGAUAGGAAUGAUGCAUCAUGGAAACCACUUGGCAAUCAUUCGAGUUUAAAUGAAUCUGCUGCAAAUUUAGAUCAUAAAAAAGAUUUCAAUGUAUUGAUUGCGGGGAGAGAUUUUGGAUACUUGCAGAAGUUAAAUUUGGAUGAUAUAGUUGUUGAAGAAGAUUAUGUAAUUACAGGUGUUAGAUUUCGUUUUGCCGGAGAUUCACUUAAGAAUCCGAUGCUUACCGAUGGUUCGAUUGAACUACAAGUAAGAGCAACGUUGUUUAAUUAUGAUUCGGGAGAAUUGUAUGAUGUUAAUUCUUGGAUUACACCAGAAAAUCGAGUCCAAAGAGACGAACUAAAGUUAGAACGCCCUGAUGACCCAGUAAGAUCUCCAAAGAACCAUCCAAAUUUCGAUGACAAUCAAUUUGUUAGGUUCACAUUGUCGGAUAUGAAAAAAGACGCUUCUCAGACAAUCGUGCCUUAUUUCGAUGCUCGUCCGGUAGAAAACAAGCUCCCGUUUCCGCUAAGAGGAAUUGGACUUUUUCAUCGGGGUAAUGAAGGAUACGGAGGAUUUAUUUCUUUAAAAAUUUCUAUUGUAAAUCCAUCUCAGUACAUGAAUUCUUUAUUGAAUACUGUUGAAAGUACAACUUCAGAAAAUGAAUAUUUCGAAUAAAUCAUUUUCAUCUUUAUCAAAAUGAUUCACUCCUUACAUAAAAGAAUAAUAAUUUUAAAAAUGUAAACUAUUUCAUCAGACAUUUUUACACACUGCGAAAAAUUCCCAUUAAAUUUUACUAUGGGUGCAUUGUAACCCCGGACCAUAAGAAAACUGAUACAAAAUUUACAAGUGUCCCAUAGUAAACGUAUGCGCAUAGGUCCCAAUUGUGUCGUCUGCGCAUACCGUUUACUAUGGGAUACUUGUCAAUUAUGUACCAGUUUUCUUAUGGUCUGGUGUUACAAUACGCCCAUAGUAAAAUUUGUUGGAAAUUUUUCACAGUGCAACAUAAAUAUAAUAAUAAAAAAAAAUAUAAAAUGUGUUAAUUUUAUUGUUAAAGUUUAAUUUUGAAUAAUUAUUGAAUAACAAAAAUUUUUUUUUAUUUUCAUCAUUCAGGUCUCAUAUAAAUAUUUGAAACAUAGUUAGAAAUCUAAAAUCUAUAAAUUCGGUUAGUAUUGCCGGUCCUUAAUACGAAAAGUACUAAAUAUUCUUGCAUAAAGAUGAUAUUAUAUAAGGUAUCCGCGGGAAAUAAGGCCUGUGAUAGAAAUGAUAUUUAAAAUAACCGCCUCCGCUAAAGGCUACUCUUGUAGAAGGGUCUAACAUAGAGAUGUUACGACAAAUUUAUAAAGCCCCGAUACCACGUUCCCUGUCUUCGAUAUUUCAUUAUCCGUCAUAUAUUGUCGUAGCGCAGAAGAAAUUAUAAAAACCAAUUUAGUCUUCUGAUUCUUAAAAAGUAUUGUUGCUAAAUUUAAGUAAUGAUUCAUCUGUAAUACCAAUUUUAUUAAGUAU